UCUUACUUUAUCCUUCAUUUCCAUUCCCGUUGUAACGUUCAGGGAAUUAUUGGAUGCCAGACCUUCACAUUCACCGCUGUUGCUGGAUCCCUCAUUGGCUCUGUCUUGUGCUUCGUCGAGGGUUUUAUUAUUGUUGUCAAGGCAUUUAUCUACUACUUCCGAACAUUGUCACAGAACGCGGCUCAAAGUGGGAUCAUACAAUUACUUAUUGAAGCUAUUGGUAUGUUCCUUGUGGGAUCUGCGCUGCUUACUCUUGGGAUGGGUUUGUAUGUCAUGGUUACUUCAUCAGACGAGAUAAAUCAAGGGAAAGGCCGGCCUGCUGUUGGUGGAGGAUCAAACAUAAAGAAUGUACCCAUGUCAAUAACGGAGGCAAAAUCCAAACUGGGGCAUGUAGUGGUGAUGAUUCUGCAUGCUGGAAUCCUGGACAAGUUCAAGAACGUGCCCUUGUCUAGUGGGCUAGACCUGGCUUGCUUUGCCGGAGCUGUCUUUAUCUCCUCUGCUUCUGUUUUUCUGCUCUCUAGGCUCGCCAUGCGCGGGAGUUAGAUCACAUGCGGAACCAUGAAACAGUCGGUACUGGAUGACCAGUACUGAUGCAGGUUCAACCACAGCUUCACCAAUCCUUCCACUAUUUUACUGUUUAUAGAGAUAUAAUCAAGUCACCCAGUUGAGCCAUUGUAUAUUGUAUACAUAUACCGAUGAUACAAAUGGUGCUGAUACAGAUGGUGCAAGGGCCAACACAGGGUCUGCUACAAAGCGUGCUCCAGGAUCGUUUGGUUCAGCACGAAGGACGGAGUGGGCAUGCUAAUAAGUAACCAGCGUUCUUGCGUGAUUAUAUUAUAUAUGUAACUAGGUUUAUUAUAAUGGUGAGAGAAAUGGGAGUUCGGGAUUAUGAUAGUGGAGUGAGUUCCAGCAGAGUCUGUUAUUUUGUAAUGAUUUUGCUUUAUUUGGUGGGGAGGAGGUAAUGGAAAGCAGGAAUCAUUCUCAACCUCUCCUCAUUAUUUUUUAAGGAUAAACAGAGCUCGAGAGCCAAUUUAUUAAAUAAGAGAACUAAAACAAGGUUCAAGAUACCUCAGUAGGAAAAAAAAAA